AUGGUCAAACCCACGUUAGAGGGUCUCCCGACGGAGCUGUUGAUUCUCAUCUUGAAUGAGAUACCCGACCACUCUUCGUUGAAAUCCAUCGUGCUUUCAGCGCCUACGAUUUAUCAGGCAUACCUUACAGCGCGACCUGAGAUCCUUCGUCGUAUGAUAACGAACCUCUUUGGUCCCCUGCUGGGAGAAGCGAUUCUAGCCAUACGAUCUCGUGAUCUACUCUUCGCGGACCACAAGGAAGAAGCGAUCGCUCUACUCGAUACUUGGCGACGCAAAGACGAAAUCAAGAAAAGGACUUCAUCAAAUUUGAGAUGCAUUGACGUUGUCGACAACCUGCAAGAAACUUUUCGUCUCUUCCGGUUUCACAAUCAGCUUGAAUUCUUCUUGGCUGACUAUGCGAAACAUGCACCACGUCCUGCAUGGAUUCCAGAAAAUGACUGGGAGUCUUCUUUUACUCCAAUAGAGCUUUCCCCUACCGAGAAACAUCGCUUCCUCAGGGCAAUGUGUCGACUUCAGACCCAUGGUAACAUUUUCGGCCCGGCUGAAACAGUGCCCCCGGAACAUGGAUAUUGCAUACAAAAAACAAAUGACUGGAAUUCCUAUGAACCUGAAGAUACCUACGAUGACAGGAUGCUGGAGGCAUAUCGGUUAUUUUUCGGGGCCAUGCCGCCGUGGGAAUAUUCAGAAAUGGGUUGUAUAUGGUCUUACCUACUUCCCAAAUUCCCAGCAUUCUAUGAUGAUAUCAUUCAAAGUAUGCGUGAGAUUGUGGAAAGCAGCCCAACCUCGCAACCUGGCCUUGAAGGUGAUUUUGAAUUUCUUCCGCCCGAUAUACGACCGCCGAUGAACCCGUGUGUUGAAUCACUCGAUGGACUCGAGGGAUUGUUUUCACUUGAGCAAAGCACAAAGUCACUGGCUGAGCUUGGACCCGACUUUCUUUUUCGCAUCCUUCAUACCAGCCCUCUUUCCCGUCGCGAUAUGAUCCUGACCAACAUCCAUUCAAGAGUUGAUUCCUUCAUCGGCAUCGAUUUAUACGUCCUCUAUUCCGAUGAAGAGGCCAUAGUGCCUUUAAUCUCGCCCGCGGACAAGCAUUCGACCAAAAAUUAUGAAGAAUUAUGGUCACAUCUCCCAUCAACGGAAACACCGAACAAAGCGUGGAAAAAGCAACACUUGGUUCCGGACUUCCAAGGUCAGACGUUCGAGGACGCACUUUCUGGCAUGAAUACCGAAGAUAACUGGGAUUGGGGAUUCGCGUUAUGGGAUGAUGAGCGACUAGAGGCAUGGCAGGCCCUAAUCCAGUGCGAAUCAUGA